AUGGAACCACUUCGUAAUGAAGGCACAGACUUGCCGUUAUCAUUCAAUACCACGGUAGAAGACGUACUUAAUUAUCAGAAAUCUCAAAUACAAACAUUUCUUCGAGUAAAUCACAUAAAAGUGAGUGGCAACAAGCUGGAACUCGCCCAACGUGUAGUGAAGGCUAUAAAAGAUCGUUCGUGCACGACGCCCAGUCAAAUACCCCCACAUCAAUCGUGUCAAACUUCAGAUCUACCUGUACCAGAUAUAAAGGACCUGGAUUCAGGUUGGGCAGGUAAAUCGGAUAUGUUUCCCAACAUUAAAAUUCAAGAUGUGGAGAAUUAUUUGAUCCACAGUAGCCACAGGACUGUCGAUGCAAAGAAAAUGCAGUGCUAUAGACAAUAUAUUAGAGGAUUAAAUUUUUUCAAAGAGGGCUACAUACAUAAGAUUAUGAUGAAUGAGAUAAGUCCUGACAGUGGGUAUUGCUAUAUACGAUCAAAAUGCUAUCCUUCAAUGAAGCAGGGUGUGUAUGAGCAGUGGAUCCUAAUGACAAAGAAACCCCCUUUUCACGUCCAGAGAGCAAGUUGCACGUGCCCAGCAGGCCUUGGUGAAGGAUGUACCCAUGUUGCUGGACUGUUGUUUGCCCUGGAAGGACGCCCUGUGACAGACGAUGAUGUUCCAUGCACUUCAAAGCCUUGUGAGUGGAAUCGACCCAGCAAAAGAAAGAAAGAUACUAAACCUGUGCAAGACAUGAGUUUCAAGAAGAUCAAAUUAUCUGGAGAAAAUGUAAAGAAUAAAAAAACUGUGAAUUAUAAAGUAGAUAGCAUAAAAUUUAGAAACUCAUUGUGUGCAAAACUUGGAAAUAACUCACGUGCUGCUAUUUUUUACAUUCUUCCCCCAUGUGCUAAUAACAAUAUUGAUGUACAAAGUGACCUCAAUAUUGGUCAUUUUGAAGAAGUAGAGACUAGUGACCAUAUUUUUCACCUUUCUGACAAAUAUAUUGCGUUACAAAAAACUGUUCAAGAUGAAAAUAUGUCUCAAUCUGACUUUUUGACUUUUAUAUCCACAUGCAGUCAAGAAAUAGUUGAUGAAAUUGAAGUUCGAACUAAAGGGCAACAUAACAAUCCUUUGUGGGUUUCAGCUCGAGCAGCUCGUAUAACAGCUUCAAAUUUUCAUGAAAUUAAAACAAAAAAAGACUCCACAAAAUCGGAAAAUAUCACAUGUAGACUCUUGGGUCAUGGUAAACCUUUAGAAAAUAGUGCUGUGCAUUGGGGGAUUAAGCAAGAACUCAUUGCUAAAAAAAGAUUUCCUGCUGUGGUUGGUGCCGUGGAAUGCACACAUGUGAUAAUUAUUGCUCCAUCUGAUCAUGAACCUGCUUAUGUCAACCGUAAGGGGUACCUCUAUCAACACCCAGGCUAUAUGCAAUCAAGAAGGCAAUGUAAACCUGAACGUGCAGCAAAAAUAAUUGUGGCAUGUGCUGUUUUACACAAUAUUGCUCAGGACAGGAGAGAGACAAUCAAUGAAGCUGGCUGUGAUGACACUCAGGACCAAACAGAUGAGGCUGAUGUCUUAGAUGAAGUAGCUGCCCAGCCCAUAAAUAACAAUAUCAGACAAUUCAUUGUCAAUAACUACUUUUAA